GUUAAACAGAUUACCCUCUUUACCCUCUUCGGAAUUCGGAACAGCCUGGAAGAGCCCCAGUUCUCGGCAACACCGGUCGGCGAAAAGCAUGGCGACGAUCAGCCUCCGCAAAGGUAACACUCGGCUGCCGCCGGAGGUGAACCGUGUUCUCUACGUUCGGAACCUACCCUUCAAUAUCACCAGCGAGGAGAUGUACGAUAUCUUCGGCAAGUACGGAGCGAUUCGGCAGAUUCGCAUCGGCACCAACAAGGACACGCGUGGCACCGCCUUUGUUGUCUACGAGGACAUAUACGACGCCAAAACUGCCGUCGAUCACCUCUCCGGCUUCAACGUCGCCAAUCGUUACCUGAUUGUGCUUUACUACCAGCAAGCGAAGAUGGGUAAGAAGUUCGAUCAGAAGAAGAAGGAGGAAGAGAUUGCUAGGAUGCAAGAGAAGUACGGGGUCUCCACCAAAGAUAAGUAGUCUGAUAUACCGAAUCCCUUAUAGGAAAUUCAAGGGUUUCUUUAUAUCUGUAGUUUGGUAGUUUGUGAAUUUUCGGCUGGUGGGUGCCCUAAUUGUUGUAUUGGAGGGUGUAUUAAACGUUCCAUGAUAUGACGUUUGUGGAGAUUGAUAUCUGAUGCUUUUGCUUUUCUCUAGGAGUGUUUAUAUGGUGACUCUGCACUGUGCUGUAUCAUUUAUACAUGAUUACAUGCUUUAGAUGCGUUAAACUCGUAAAAACUUUAGCAUAAGUUUAAGGAGCAUGGUGUUUGAAA